AUGCCCGGCGUUCCACCCAAUGCACUCCGACAACUGAAAGAGGAGCUCAAGUCGAUUUUUCGUAGGAAGAAGAAGGCGGCUAAAAGUAUAUCGGAAUCUACUCCAGCUGCAGACAAGCCUGCGGGGAGUACGACAGCACCUACUACUGAAGCCAAGCCUGACGAGUCAGCGGCUACUGCAGAACCCAGGACGGAUAAACCAGCAGAAAACACCGCUGCAGAGUCAUCUGAACCGAAACCCGAGGGCUCCGAGGAGGCGAAAGAUAUCCCGGGUGCUGAUUCGGCGGCAGACAUUUCUUCGCCUGAGACUAAAGCCGAUGCUGCGGUCCGGGGCGACAAAGACCGAGCCUGCCGUCCCGACGGAAAAGCCAGCUGA